UGAGAGGGCGGGCAGGAGCCAAGUGGGGGCCAGUGUAUACUGCAGUGAUGUACAUGGUCUGAUCCCACGGGGAGGAGCUGCUUUGCAGGAAGUUUCUCACUCGCUUCGUUUCCCUACAAUCAACAGGGAUAGCAAUGGGGGGAUCCUCGAUGACAUCCUACCGGACCCUUGUCCAUGCCCUGUCCGGAGCAGCGGGCAGUGUGACGGCUAUGACAGUAUUUUUCCCGCUGGAUACUGCAAGAAUACGUCUACAAGUGGAUGAUAACCGGGAAUGCAGAUGCACACCUCUGCUGCUGGCGGAGAUAAUCCGAGAGGAAGGCCUACUGGCCCUAUACCGAGGAUGGUUCCCUGUGAUUUCCAGCCUCUGCUGCUCAAACUUUGUCUACUUCUACACAUUCCACACUCUAAAAGCAACGUGGGGGAAGGGGAACACCCGGGCCUCACCCGGCAGAGAUCUGGUGAUGGGGUGCAUUGCAGGAGCUGUUAAUGUUCUCAUAACCACACCAAUGUGGGUGGUCAACACCAGACUGAAACUACAGGGAGCAAAAUUUAGGAAUAAGAAAAUCCAUCAGACUUGCUACAAAGGGAUGUUGGAUGCAUUUCAGCAGAUUGCUAAGCAAGAAGGUGUGAAAACUCUCUGGAAUGGAAUCCUGCCAUCCCUCUUCUUAGUCAUGAACCCUGCAGUACAGUUCAUGCUGUACGAGGGACUGAAGAGAAAAGCUAUGAAAGGAGGUAGAAAGAUUUCAUCUUUGGAAAUAUUUUUGAUGGGAGCUCUGGCAAAGGGAAUUGCCACGACUAUCACUUACCCCUUACAGAUUGUGCAAGCAGUACUGCGGUUUGGACAGAGUAACACAGGGUCACAGAGGACAUUUCUGGGGAGUUUCCACACAGUGCUUUAUCUGGUAUCUCAGAGGAUUAAGAGACAUGGUUUGCUGGGUCUCUACAAGGGUCUGGAAGCCAAGUUACUUCAGACGGUUCUCACGGCAGCUCUUAUGUUUCUAGUCUACGAGAGGAUUGUAGGUGCCACCUUCAAAAUCAUGGGAUUAUCGUAGACUAUGCAAAAGGUUGGAGAACUCUUAUCUGGCCACCGCUUUGCUAAAGUAACGUUUAGAAAACAUCUGUACAACUUUCUUUCCAGUGAGGUGUUGGGCGUUAACUGCCAGGUUUGUAAUGUAGAGAAAUGUCAGAUCACAAAAAUCAGUCUGUAUGAAACGGAGUGGGGAUUCUAGGUGGACAGCCUGUAACUCUGGGUGGGAUGAUUGUUUACUCAGUAAAGCUUCAAAAACGUGAAUAAUUUUGAUAAGGUAAAUAGAGAAAUUUCUACUGAUCACA